ACCCCUAGAUUUAAGCACCUUAUUUAGUUCCAAGCAAUGAAAAUUAGCCAUAAGCUCGUCUGCGGGGUGUGUAUAUAAAGGCCGCCUCACACUCAGAAAGCCAAUCUGGUCGAUCACCACAGGCGGUAGUAGAAUCUCAAUCACGGUUGCUUCUGUGAACCAUAACAGAAUGGGAUCCUCUAAGCUGGCCCUGCUGCUGGUCUUCGUGGCCUGCGUAGAACGCUGUCUGUCCGCCUCCUGUGUCGUCGACAGCUUCACUGUCAAGGAGGACUUUGACCCCAAGAGGUAUGCAGGAAAGUGGUACGCGCUGCAGAAGAAAGACCCAGAGGGCCUGUUCCUGCAGGACAACAUCUCAGCUGAGUACACCAUCGAUGAUGACGGCUCCAUGACCGCCUCCUCCAAGGGUCGUGUCACUCUGUUCGGCUUCUGGGUUGUGUGUGCUGACAUGGCCGCCCAGUACUCCGUACCCGACCCCACCACCCCCGGCAAGAUGUUCAUGAACUACCAGGGACUGGCCAGCUACCUGUCCAGUGGAGGCGACAACUAUUGGGUGAUCGACACCGACUAUGACAACUACGCCAUCACCUACGCCUGCCGCACCCUGAAGGAGGACGGCAGCUGCGAGGACGGCUAUGCCCUCAUCUUCUCCAGGAACCCCCGUGGCCUGCCACCAGCCAUCCAGCGCGUCGUCCGUCAGAAGCAGGAGGACAUCUGCAUGGCCGGAGAGUUCCAGCCCGUCCUGCAGUCCGGCGCCUGCUAAAGAGAAAGAGGGAGUGAAGAGAGCUGAGAAGAGGGAGGAGACAGAAAGUGUGCAUGUGAGGGUGAUGAUGUGCAGAAUGAAUGGACGAAUGCAAAGAGUAAAAAAAAAAUGAUAAUAAUAAGAUCGAGAAGAGGAAAAACAUUAGAUGACAGAGAAUCCUUUGUCCAUCCAUUGUUUGUGCAAUGAAAAUGUCCCUUUUCCUGUGGCGUUCAA